AUGAAGUCUCAACAAGCGCCAGAAGCCAUUGACUUUGGUGUCAAACAUCUUGACCUUACGCAAUUUUGCCCUCUGAGUACCUAUUCUUGGUGUAGAGAGACAAAUGGUGAAGACUCUAGGCAAGGCCGCCUGAUGAUGCACAUGUUGAGUAGUAGCAAGCGCACUGUGGACUUUUUGGAGAUCUGGGUCUGGUAG